AUGGAGGCGGUAACAAAGAUGGUAUCUGAGAGACCAGUGGUGAUCUUCAGUAAGAGCUCAUGCUGCAUUAGCUACUCUAUCAAGACCUUGCUUUCUGACUUUGGGGUGAACCCGGCAGUGUAUGAGCUUGAUGAGAUGCAAAGAGGGAGAGAAAUAGAGCAAGCUCUGUUGAGGCUGGGAUGCAGCCCAUCUGUUCCGGCUGUGUUCAUUGGUGGCGAAUUUGUUGGCGGAGCCAAUGAAAUCAUGAGUCUUCAUCUUAAGCGCUCCUUGAUCCCCAUGCUUAAGCGCGUUGGUGCAUUAUGGAUUUGAUCAGUCUCAUCGAUCAUCAUCAAUUAAGUUAACUAAGCACUUCCUAUUAAGAAUCUUAAUUAAUUAUGCACGCAUAAGAGAUCAAGUGUCGGAUGAUAAUACAUGACAUAUAGAGCCUGUGAGAGUUUUUAAUAAGGCUACUAUUGCUACUUAAUUAGUAUUAACUAUUAAGUACUCUUACUAGCUUGAAAGGG